CCCUAAACCGGUUAACCCUUCAAGAGACUUGAUUGAAUUCUGCUUGCUCAGGUCAGUCUGGCCUCAGCACAGUAAUUUUAACAAGCACCUGUUGUGCAACCCCGAAAUCUUGACAAAUGAUGAAAAGAAGCAAGACAACUGUCUUAACAUUUGCCCAAAAAUGCAAGAAUAUAUUAGCAUCAAAUUGGCAAGGAAGCCUUCACACCAUCAAAGCCGACGCUAAAGGAAGCAAGGAGGAAAUAUACAGUUCAAAAGUAAAAUACUUUGUGAAGAAGGGGAAGCCGUACAUCUGGGUACCCGAAAGGGACUUGCAUAAUGUGAACACGGUCAUUGACGAGCGUGGUUCUUUUGCUGUUACCAGGCCCUUCCCAGGCCCACUCGCGAACUUGCUUAGAUCAACAGAAAAGCUACCAGCUCGUGUUGCUCUGACCGGAGAUGUUGUACCUCUUAAAGAUGAAAAGGCUAAGUUAGCUGCAGAAAGCCUUAGAGAAAUAGUACUAUCAGAACAGCGAGCAAUUAAAGAGUCUAGUUAUUCAGUUUCUGGUGUAUUAACUUCGUCUAGUCUUGGUUCUACAUCUCGAAGUGAAAACCUUCAGGAGCUGCUAGAUAGCGACAAACGAUAUGUGGUGUAUAAGUUUAAUCUAAGCUCAUGCAUGUACCUUGAUGGUAAUGGAGACAGUCAUGAAGUAGAUUUGGAGGAUAUCGAGGCAUCCAAGGCAGAUCCUUUAUCACCUUUUUCUACAAGCCUGAUUGAUGGGAUUAAUCAAAGUGAAGUGAGGCGUAGGGCUUUAAUUCUUUUCUGCAUCACAUACUUGAAUAAUCAUGCAAAGGAUGCGUUUAUGCUUUCCGUAGAUAGAAAGGGAUUUGAUGUGCUAGGAAAAGUUCUAGGUCCAGUGAAGAAUGAUGGCUCUCGUGAAUACCAUUGGAAGGAGUUCAGAAUCGCGUUCAAAGAAGAGGCACAAGAUGUUGAAACAUUUUGUCUUCGGCUUGUGGAAAUGGAAGAAGCUGCCCUCAAGAAAGUAUCAAGUUUUAGUGGUAUAUAACAGAAGUAAUCAGAGGGACUAGUUCAAACUGCAGGGGCAAGGCACAAGGAAGAGGGAGGGGGCAAGCAUAAUCAACCAAGAAGUGGGGAUCCUGUGGUUGCAUUUGAUCAAUACUUCCGCCAAAGUCAUUCAUCAGGUGAGGUUAAGAAGAUUGAAUGGAUGUGACUACAAUCAGUCGAUUCUUUUGCGCUCCAACUCAACUGGCUUUCGUGGCAGUUGGGAAGCCACUAUUGACUCUAAAUUAGUUAGAACAAUCUAGUUUUUGGUUCAGGAACUAAAGGGUUCGUUUGUUUAGUAGGAGAAUAAUAGAAAAUGCAAGAAAGAGAAAAUUUUUAAAAUUUUUAUGUGUUUGGUUAGCAUGAAAAGGAAAAUGAUGGAA